GGCGGAGCUUCGUAGAUUAGCUCGGGUAGAGUGGCAAGAUGGCGUCCACAGCGGCCGGGAAGCAGCGAAUACCCAAAGUGGCAAAGGUGAAAAACAAAGCUCCAGCAGAAGUACAGAUUACAGCAGAGCAACUUUUAAGAGAAGCAAAGGAGAGAGAACUUGAGCUUCUUCCCCCACCCCCUCAACAGAAGAUCACAGAUGAAGAAGAGUUAAAUGAUUACAAGCUUCGCAAAAGAAAAACCUUUGAAGACAAUAUCAGAAAAAAUCGGACAGUUAUCAGUAACUGGAUCAAGUACGCACAAUGGGAGGAAAGUCUCAAAGAAAUACAAAGAGCUCGUUCCAUCUACGAACGUGCUCUAGAUGUGGACUACCGAAAUGUCACUCUUUGGCUGAAAUAUGCCGAGAUGGAAAUGAAGAACCGCCAAGUUAAUCAUUCACGAAAUAUCUGGGAUCGCGCUAUCACUACUCUACCAAGAGUCAACCAGUUCUGGUACAAAUAUACGUACAUGGAAGAGAUGUUGGGAAAUGUUGCUGGGGCCCGCCAAGUGUUUGAGCGCUGGAUGGAAUGGCAGCCAGAAGAACAAUCCUGGCAUUCCUACAUUAACUUUGAGCUGAGAUACAAGGAGGUGGACAGAGCACGCUCUAUUUAUGAGAGAUUUGUCAUUGUGCAUCCUGAUGUUAAGAACUGGAUCAAAUAUGCCCGUUUUGAAGAAAAGCAUAGUUAUUUUGCACAUGCAAGGAAAGUCUUCGAGAGAGCAGUGGAAUUCUUUGGAGAAGAACAUAUGAAUGAGCAUCUCUAUGUCGCUUUUGCCAAAUUUGAAGAGAACCAGAAGGAGUUUGAACGAGUGAGAGUAAUCUACAAAUAUGCCCUGGACAGAAUCCCAAAGCACGAGGCUCAAGAGCUCUUCAAAAAUUACACAAUUUUUGAGAAGAAGUUUGGGGACCGGAGGGGAAUCGAGGAUAUUAUUGUUAGCAAAAGGAGAUUCCAAUAUGAAGAAGAAGUGAAAGCUAAUCCACAUAACUAUGACGCCUGGUUUGAUUACCUGCGGCUUGUGGAAAGUGAUGCGGAUCCUGAUGCUGUGCGCGAAGUUUAUGAAAGAGCCAUCGCCAAUGUUCCUCCAAUUCAAGAAAAGAGACAUUGGAAGAGGUACAUCUAUCUGUGGAUCAAUUAUGCCCUCUAUGAAGAACUAGAGGCAAAGGAUCCAGAGCGAACAAGACAAGUAUAUCAAGCAUGCGUUGAACUCAUUCCUCACAAAAAGUUUACAUUUGCCAAAAUAUGGCUGCUCUAUGCUCAAUUUGAAAUAAGACAGAAGAAUCUCCAGCUUGCCAGACGAGCACUGGGAACAUCCAUAGGUAAAAGUCCAAAGAACAAACUAUUUAAAGGCUACAUUGAAUUGGAGCUGCAGCUGCGAGAGUUUGAUCGUUGCCGGAAACUAUAUGAGAAGUUUCUAGAGUUUGCACCUGAAAACUGCACAUCUUGGAUCAAAUUUGCUGAGCUAGAAACCAUUCUCGGUGAUGUUGACAGGGCCAGAGCUAUUUACGAAUUGGCUAUUGGCCAGCCACGACUGGACAUGCCAGAGGUUCUUUGGAAAUCUUACAUUGACUUUGAAAUUGAACAAGAAGAAUAUGAGAACACAAGAAAUCUUUAUCGGCGAUUGCUUCAACGAACACAGCAUGUUAAGGUCUGGAUCAGUUUUGCUCAAUUUGAGCUCUCGGCAGGGAAAGAUGACAGCUUGUCACGAUGCCAGCAAGUAUACGAAGAGGCUAAUAAAACAAUGAGGAACUGUGAGGAGAAAGAGGAGAGGCUUAUGCUUCUGGAAUCCUGGAGAAACUUUGAAGAGGAAUUUGGAACGGAAUCCAGCAAAGAGAGGGUAGAUAAACUCAUGCCAGAGAAAGUCAAGAAGAGGAGAAAACUUCAAGCUGAAGAUGGGUCUGAUGCUGGAUGGGAAGAAUACUAUGAUUACAUCUUCCCAGAGGAUGCUGCCAAUCAGCCCAACCUCAAACUGCUUGCAAUGGCUAAACUCUGGAAGAAGCAGCAACAAGAUGACAAUCCAGAGAGAGAUCCAGACAAGGAUAUUGAUGAAAGCAGCCCCUAAUUCCACUUUUAAAUUUCUGUAUGUUUUGUAUAGAAUUUUUGUCAAUGAAUGCAAUUAAAUAUUUUCAAAAAAAGUA